AUGACUGACGAUUCUAGUGUAAGAGUUGCUGUGAGGAUAAGGCCUCAAGUAGCUCGCGAGGUGAUUGACAUGUGUCGAAUAUGCACACAAGUGCCGGCGGGGGAGCCCCAGGUAUUCUUGGGGGCCGACAAAGCCUUCACGUACGACUACGUAUUCGACACAGGUAUCGAGCAGAAGAACAUAUACGAUAACUGCGUCGCUAAAUUGGUGGAAGGCGCCUUGGACGGGUACAAUGCUACUGUCCUGGCCUACGGACAAACUGGGUCCGGUAAAACGUAUACCAUGGGCACCGGGUUCGAUAUCGAGAUUGGUGAUCAUGUUGUGGGAAUUAUUCCCCGGGCGAUCAGACACCUCUUUGAUGGCAUCGCUGCUAAACAGGCUAGGGCAAGGGAGCGUGGUCACAUGCCUCCGGAGUUCAAGAUAACAGCCCAAUUCCUCGAACUCUACAAUGAAGACCUAAAAGACCUGCUCGAACCCGGCGGGCCAAGCGGAGGUGCCCGAAUCCACGAGGACACCUCAGGAAACAUCCACCUGACCGGGGUUGAACCUCGAGUAGUAACAAACCCGGAGCAAGCCCUGGAAUACCUUCGCUUAGGCGCCCUGGCGCGAACCACAGGUCCGACUCAAAUGAACACCCAAUCCUCAAGAUCCCACGCAAUUUUCACUUUGUUCAUCAAGCAGCAGCGUUGCAUCCGAGUGGAAGACCCAGACGCGGACGUGGACACCAGUGACCCAAUGAACGAAUUCGAGACUCUGACCGCCAAGUUCCACUUCGUAGAUCUCGCAGGUUCCGAGCGAUUGAAGCGUACCGGUGCCACCGGAGACCGCGCUAAGGAAGGAAUCUCCAUAAAUUGCGGGCUGUUGGCUUUAGGGAACGUAAUUUCUGCAUUGGGGGACAAAAGCAAGAAGAGUUUGCACGUGCCUUACCGAGAUUCAAAGCUGACUCGUCUCCUGCAAGAUUCUCUCGGCGGGAAUUCCCAGACUUGCAUGAUAGCCUGCAUCUCUCCCAGCGAUAGGGAUUUUAUGGAGACCCUCAGCACGCUGAAGUACGCGAACCGUGCGAGGAACAUCAAGAACAAGGUGACUAUCAACCAGGACAAGAGUUCGAGGACAAUCGCGUCCCUGCGCCGGGAAAUUCAGCAGCUUCAGUUGGAACUUCUGGAAUUCAGGCAAGGAAAGCGCGUCGCUGGAGAAGAUGGUGUUAAUGACGCCUGGCACGAGACCCAGAUGCUCAACAGCGAGAUGCAGAGUCUCCGGACUAGGGUCAAAGCUUUGUCCGAAACUGUGGAAGCUUUAACAGCGAAGAACGCGCUACUGCUCGCGGAAAAAGCCGCGGGCCAAUGGGUCUCUUCGGGAAAUGAAGACGCGUCCCAAUUGGUCCUGGGUUAUGUCCAAGAAAUUGAAGAGUUGAGGGCCAGGUUGCUUGAAGCGGAAGCUAUGUACCAGCAGCUGAAGAAAAGGCAGCCAGUGGCGCCACAUGCGGAGUAUGGGUUUGAAGCGCCGUCCAUUUUGGACACUGCUAAGAAAGCGCUGCAGCAGGAUAUUAAUAAGCUGGACGCUUUGAAGGAACAGACGGCCAGUAAGGAGGAUGAUGAGGAUCCUGAUGGGGACAAUACGGAAAAUGGACAAGAGUCCUUGAGUGAAGAUGAGUCUGAUGAGGAAGACAGGAAGGAGGAGGAUGAAGAAAUGGCUAUGGGAAGGGAGUUAGAGGCGCUUACUUCGGAUAUUGAUGUGAAGCAAAGGUUGAUUCAGGAGUUGGAGAUGUCUCAGAAGAGGCUCAUUUCUAUGAAGCAGCACUAUGAAGAUAAGCUGGCGCAGUUGCAAGCUAGGAUUAAGGACACUCAGGAGGAGAGGGAUAAGGUUUUGAACUCACUUCAGCAGCAGGCUUCCCCGCCGACGGAGAAAGUUAAGAAACUGAGAGAUGAAUACGAAAAGAAGCUAACAUCGCUGCAGAAAGAAAUGAGAAUCUUGCAAUCAGCAAAGAAAGAGCACGCGCGCUUGCUAAAAAAUCAGACUCAAAGCCAGAUGCGCUUGAAGAGCCUGCACAAGGAGCUGCAGGACAUGAAGCACGCGAAGGUAGAACUUUUACGAAAAAUGCGAUUGGAGAGUCAGCGACACAAAGACAACGAGCUGCGUCGGAACCGUGAGAUCGCCCAGCUCAGAAAAGAAAGCCGUAAGAAUGCGAACAUGAUCCGGACCUUGGAAGCCGACAAGCGGAUGAAGGAAGUCGUCCUCCGGCGGAAGCAAGAAGAAGUUACAGCACUCAGAAAACGCGACAGAGGACUCAGCGAGAAGGUCGCGGGGCGAAGUCCCCCGAAGCUGGGAUCAAAAAGUCUCAAGUCCAGGUGGCAGACCCUCGAGAGGACCAUCACCAAGCACACCCUGGUGAAGCAAGCCGCUGCGGAGACGGAGCGUGAGAUGGAGAGGCUGCUAGCUGAGAGGGAGCAGCUGGGUCGCGACCUGGAACAGUUGGAGAAAAACAGAGCCGUCUUCGCGGCUGUUAAUGAAGACACGAGCUACUUUGAUGAUGACAUUGAUAAUGUCAAGAGCAAGAUCUCUUAUGUUCAAGACAGCAUUGCUGAGUGCCAGAGGGACAUGGUCGAAGUUGGAGAUUGUGAUAUUGAAGGAGAACCUGGUGUUGAAGCGCUCAUCUCUUCGAUUAAGAGCGUUGAUGAAGCGCAGUAUCUCAUGCAGAAGAUGCUUGGGUUCAUUGUCGAUCAGAGCUGCAGUGCUGCUCAGAAACAGCUCGAGUUCAGGGACAUGGAGAGCAGGUUGAAUCAGGUCACCCAGCAGAGUGAUGUUCAGCAUCAGUUGCUUGAACAUGUCAUGCGCGAUAGAGAGCUGUUCGCUUUUAAUAAUGAGGGAAAUUACAGUCCUUCUAUGUCGAGGUCUUCGUCAUCAGAUAUCAGUGAAACCUACCAAGAAACCGAGGGCAAGCGCGUGAAAGCCCGCCAGCGCAAGCUUCAGCGGAACGAUCUACUUUUUGGAACCACCGACUCCAAAGACCAGCAGAACCAGAACCAAAACCACAACCACCCGCUGACGCGCGUCCCCAGCGCGCCUGGAAGCCUAAAGGGGUUGGUAUUAACGCGAGGACAGCAUGGCGGAUCUCCAACACUCGCUAGGCGGGAUAGCACCUCUCCGCGGCCAUUGCGUCGGCCGCACCAUGGACUGGGCGGUUCCAUGGAACAGGUGGCGCAAAUGGAGAUUUCUUCGCCACCUGGAUCGCCUACCAUCUAUAGGCGAUUCAAUAGUCGUGAAGAAAAUGUCUUCUCGAGGCUAACUGCCGCUAGACAACCACUGACGACAAAUCCGCAACCAAGCAAGGGUAUUAUUUCACCGUAUCCUGGGAAAGUUCAACCCCGAGCGACUUUGCAGUGCAGCCACGUAGCGGAAGGUCACGGUAAAGCUGUUCUGGCUAUUGACGUUACACCUGAUCUAUUAUUCAGCGGCUCUAAAGAUCGAACGGUCAAAGUAUGGGACCUUGGAACGGGUUUGGAGAACAUGACGUUGUCAGGUCACCCAAACAAUGUAGUAGCUGUGAAAUAUUCACGACUCAAUAAUUUACUAUUCAGUGUCUCAGCAGCUUACGUCAAAGUCUGGGAUUUGAGAGCUGCGAACUCGUGUGUAAAAACUCUGUUUUCUUCGGGACAGUCCCAAAAUGGGUCACUGUCUCACGCAACCCCUUCAAGAAUGUUGCAUUUGCCAGUAGGAGAGAAUACGAUCAACGAUUUGGCACUAAGUCUCGAUGAACAUGAGCUGUAUACUGCUUCAAGCGACAAAGUAAGGACCUGGGACCUUCGGAAGUUGACCCUCACUGGCAGGUUUAAUCCGCCUCAUACUGCUGCAGUCAUGUGUCUCGCGGUGGCUAAUGACGGCAGGAUUAUCACUGGUAGCAAAGAUCAUCUGAUUUCGCUGAUUGAUAAGAACACUGCAAUACAAGCAGUUAGUCUUGCUCCGCCACAUUAUGACGGAGUUGAGUGUCUUGCUCCAAGUGGAUCAAUACUUUUCUCAGGCUCUAGGGAUAUGUGCAUAAAGCGUUGGGACUUGAGCAAAAUGGAACUAGUGCAAUCUAUAAAUAACGCCCAUAAAGACUGGAUCCUGGGUCUCUGUACAAUAAACGCCGGUUCUAUAAUGAUUUCCGGCUGUCGAGGAGGAUUUCUUCGGGCUUGGUCAGUAUCCCGAGAAUCAACGGGUGAAUGCAAUCUUCUUGGUGAAGUGCGGGCCCACGGAUCGGCGAUAAACGCGGUGGUGACCAAUCAACAGCAUAUUUUCACCGCCAGCAACUCGGGAGAAAUUAAGCUCUGGAGAGUCCCAGAUCCUUUUUCCUUGAUGUCAAUGUCCACAAUGUCCAUCUAG